CCGCAGUGCGCGUGCGCAAAACGCUCUCAACGCCCUCCGGAUGCGCUCGGCGUCGUCCGGGGUCACCCCUCGGGGCCGGGCGCGCUGAGACUGCUUCCCGCCCGUCCUUUCUGCCUUACGAAGGGCGCCAACAACCGCAGGGUGGACCUGGAUUCUGUUUCCACCCCACGUCUACUUUACUCUGUGGCUGUGUAACGACCGUCCGUAUCACCCAUGCGCGCCUCCGCUCCGGCCCCCACUGCUGCUACGCUCGAGUAGCUGACUGGGUGGCCGGCCCGGGAACGCGCAGGCGCACUGGCUGCGGCAGCACUUCCGGGGCUGCGCCUUGAGACUUUUUUGGCGCCGGCCGCGGCGCGACGGGGACGGCGGCCGGGAGGGCGCCGGCCGGGGCUCCGUGUUCUCCCUCGCGGGGCGCGAUGCGCUACAACGAGAAGGAGCUGCGGGCGCUGUCCCGGCAGCCGGCCGAGCUGGCGGCCGAGCUGGGCAUGCGGGGCCCCAAGAAGGGCAGCGUGCUGAAGCGGCGGCUGGUGAAGCUGGUGGUCAAUUUCCUCUUCUAUUUCCGGACGGACGAGGCCGAGCCCAUCGGAGCCCUGUUGCUGGAGCACUGCAGAGUCAUCAAGGAAGAGCCCAGCGUCUUCUCCAUCAGCUUCAUCGAGGACCCGGAGAGGAAAUACCACUUCGAGUGCAGCAGCGAGGAACAGUGUGAGCAGUGGACGGAGGCUCUGCGUCAGGCCAGCUACGAGUUCAUGCGGAAGACUCUCAUCUCCUACAGGAACGAGAUCCAGAAGAUGACAGGACCCCCUGGAGCAGUUCGGCAUUUCCGAGGAGGCCAGGUUCCAGCUGAGCAGCUGGAAGGUGUGAGCGCCCAGAGACGCAUACACGGCCCUGUUGGGUGGGACUGGGUCUGCCCAGCCCUCCACGGGGCUCUCAGGCUGGCCGUUCCCUGGCCAGGCCUGGAUCUGCGGCCGGAGUUGUUUAGUCCCCCCCGCCCCUCUCCUCUUACGGCUUCAGUGCUGGGAGAGCCCGAGGCUGCAUGGGGGUGGGCAGGGGCUGCCUUUGGGAGAAGCACCCCAGUAAGCUUCCCUUCCUCGUGCCUCGGGACCCCAGCACUGGCAGCUCAUAGUGGGUGCUCUGAACUGUUGCCGGCACGCUGGGGGCAGGCAUCCACUGAACUGGGCCCCUGGACCCCCUGGGGUCCCACCAAGGGCCUAGCGGUGUUGCAGGCCAGUGCCAAGCUCCCGUGCAAGCUAAAUGUACGACAUUAAAGAUGCUGUGAAGCGUGGGGGGAUGGCACCCCCCCAUCCGUUGGUGAAUUCCACUCCUGCUGACAGGGCUGCCCCCGCUGGGGCCCUCUGGGCAGGGCCAGGGUGGGCUCGACCCCUGCCCCCUGCCCCCAGUCUGUUGAAAUAAACAUACCUCUUUUUCCACUGGA